AAAUACCACGUCUGAGACGGCAUCUCCUGCAUAUAUACUGACGAGAGGGCAAAGCAGGAUCAACCUUGUAUCUCAACCAUCGACUCGUUACUGCGUGACAGCGGCAAAAGCUCAUACCCGAUUACCUCGACGCAACCUGUCCUGCUCUUUAUGGAUACAUCUUGUCUCCGAGCUCCAUCUAGCUAAUUAUGAUCAUUCUUGGGUGCUUGCCUGAUGUGACGCCAUGUCGAUCGCACUAUGAUACUAUAUUUUCCCAGGGGACAGGCUGCAGGACGUGCAGAGCAUACAGGCUUGUCGGCUACGACCACCUCUCCUCUGCCCACCACCGUUCCACCACACCAACAACAAAAACAAAACAUGGCGCGCCUCUCCUGUUGCUCUCAGGGUGUAAAUCUUCGUAAAGGAGCAAGUGGUGAGCUCCCGGAGGAACCAAGAGAGACGAUACCCCCUCUUGCUGGCGGUCGUGUGAGCCACAGCGGACGCUCCAGCUCGCUAUCGCAUCAGGAACCUGUUCAAAAAGGUGGAAACUCCGUAGAGUGCAAGGACACGCCGACCUGGAGAGUGUCUGGUUGGAACGUGAAAGAGGUGAACAAGCAGGAAGGAGCAAUGGCCAGAAUGCAGGAAUGGGUGUCGUGAUUGAACCAUUCGUACACGCGUUUCGUCGUUCUGGGAUGUCGCUUGUCAGGGGUCAACCUAUGUUGUCUGGGCCUUUGCGUUGGGCCUUUGCUUUCACACAAUCCCCACCCCCUCACGCCCACCCCUAUCCACUUCUCCGAACACACACGAGACACUUGAUAGCAUGCAAGAUGCUUAGUGCUACUGGAUAUCGACAUGGUCCGAUGAUAUUGACCAUCCCCUCGCUCUUCCCCCUCCCUGCACCUAGUGUCAUGAUAACUUGAACUGAGCUCCAGUAUGCUCGAUAUUGGGUUGUUUAGGCAUCAGGGCUACCUGAGAUUGGACCUUCACCCUUGAUGCAAGAUCUGAACGGCCCAGGGAAAGCAGUCGACUUCACCCCACCCUUGAUACACCUCUCUCCUUCCCGAUUCAAAGCUUUUCCCGCAGAGAGCACGUAUUACGGCCCUCUACCUUGCACAUAACCUCAAACCGGACCUCGACAGAUAUUCAAGUGGAGUUACACCAGUCAUCGUUUAGCGGUGGCUUUGACCACGGUGAAAGCAAGGGACUGGAAGGGUCGGAUGGCGAUACAGAGGGCUGUCCCCCGGAGUCUGCGUCGAAGGUGGUAUGGCCCGUUGGAGAACGUGGUGCAAUUCG